CGGGUGAGAGGGUAAUAUUUUUGUUACCAUCAGCAAGUGCUUCCCAAGCGGCAUCAGGCUGGUCUUCCACCGCUUUGCGCUGUUUUAAUCUCUCUGGUGUUCCAGUCAUGGCUUCCAAAGUCACACCUUGGUAUAAGAAGAAGCGUGUGAGCCAAGUUAAAACUGAUUACGCUUAUGACCACACUAAAUGUGUGUGUGCCAAGCAGCAAACAGCAGUAAGGACAUCAAGCUCUAAAUCGGUGAGCCAAGUGCAGGCCCAGGCCACAGUGGCUAUGGCAGAACCAGCCUAUACCAUACCUGCGUUCCGGCAGAGGACUGCUGAUGAGGGGACUGAGGAGUACCAGCGGGUGAGCACCAAAGUUGGGAAAGGACUGACUGUUAUUCAGGAGGAGCUCCACAGGAUGAGGGUGGCCACCAAGGCCCAAGUGGAUAGUAUUGCUAUCCAGAGAGAGGUUAGGAACAUGAUGUACAAGAAGACGGAUGUGUUGGAUGACAUCCCAAAGUUGCCGGACUUCCUGGUUGCCCUGCGGCCCCACACCGUGUGGGAGAAGACUCCCGUCAAACUGUUCUGCACUGUGCAGGGCAACCCAAGGCCCAUUGUCAAAUGGUAUAAAGGCGGAGUGCCAGUCGACCCACUGACCGCUCCAGGAAAGUACAAGAUUGAAAACAAGUAUGGAGUCCACAGUUUGAUCAUUAGCAGGUGUGCUGUGAGUGAUACUGCUGAGUACAGCGCUGUGGCCACCAACCUUCAUGGCACGGCUACCAGCAAGGCUACAGUUACUGUAAAGAGAGCAUCAGGAUCCGGGGAGUCCUGCCAGCUUGGUUUAGUGCCCCAUCUGACUGAGAUCCAUCCCAGUAAGCUGGAGGUCAGCAUGCUCGAUCGGUUCUUCGUGAGCUUUGGUGUGGAGGGCGGCUCCAUCAGUCUAGUGUGUACCCUGGUGGUCGUCCCCGACCUCCCCAACCUCCCCCCCCUCGCCCAGUGGUACAGAGACGAUAAACUGCUGAAACCAAGCAAGCUGGCGGAGAUGUCGGUGGGUGGAGGCGCGGCCCGUCUGACGCUGCCUCACCUGGCCAAGGACGACGAGGGCCUCUACACCCUCCGCAUCUUCACAAAGGACGGCACCACCGAGCAUAGCGCCUACCUGUUUGUUUCAGAUGCUGACCCCUCUGCGCCCGGGGCACCUGGUGCACCAUUAAGCGUAAAGGCAUACGACAUCAACGCAGACUACGUCCUGGUUGCCUGGAAACCCCCCAACACCGUCAACGAGGUGGCAAUCACCGGAUACUUUGUGGAUCGGUGUGAAUCUGGCAGCGACACCUGGGUCCAGUGCAACGAUGCCCCCGUGAAGGUUUGUAAAUACCCGGUGCACGGCCUGAAAGUGGGCCACUCCUACCACUUCCGGGUCAGGGCCGUGAACAGCGCCGGCAUCAGCAGGCCGUCCCGCAAGUCAGACAAAGUGACCGCCCUCGACGCUGCCGAGAGCGAGAGGCUGCAAGUGAUUAAAAUCGAAGGGAAAUACGACAUAGUGAUCAAGGAUGAUGACCUGGAAGGCUAUGUAACGAUCCCGGGAGAGCCCACCGAUGUGCACGCAUCGGAGAUUUUCAAAUCGUAUGUCGUGCUGAGCUGGAAGCCUCCCAGCCCUCGGGGACGAGCUCCGCUGUGGUACGUCAUCGAGAAGUGCUUAGCAGGCACUGGAGCAUGGCAGCGGAUCAACACGGCAGUCAAACUGCACUCCCCUCGUUACCCGGUUUUUGAUUUGCAAGACGGGCAAAAGUACCAGUUCCGAGUGUAUUCGGUCAACUUGUACGGUUCCAGCGAGGCCUCCGAGCCCUCUGAGCCCAUCCAAAAGGUGGAUGAGGAUGGUACGGAGCUGCCAAUUGGCGUCCCGUCUGCUCCCGGUCAGGUUGUUGCCACCAGAAACACCAAGUCGUCUGUGUUUGUGCAGUGGGAUGCUCCCAAACAUCUGAAAAAACUCAUGGGUUACUACAUCGAUGGCCGCAUUGCAGGAUCCAAGGAGUGGUUCCCCUGUAACCACAAACCCUUUAAACACACCAGGUUUGUGGUCCACGGCCUGAUCCCCGGGGAGAGCUACACGUUCCGCGUCCAAGCCGUCAACGUGUAUGGCCUCAGUGAGGAGUCUCAGGAGUCCUCUUCCAUCACUGUGGAGCCAGCCCUCGGCAAGGGGGUGGAAUAUGCAACUCCCAGCGCUCCCUUCGGCAUCACCCUGCUGAGCUGUGACGGCUCCUCCAUGACUUUGGCCUGGAAGAGUCCCAAACACUGCGGCGGCUCCAAAGUCAACGCUUACUACAUCGACAAGAGAAACGCAGACUCUUUGGUUUGGAAGGAGGUCAACCUGGCGGCCGUCACAGAGAGAAUCUGCACUGUUGACAAUCUGACCGAGGGAACCUUCUACGAGUUCAAGGUCCAGGCCGCUAACAUGGCCGGUGUCGGCGUGCCCUCUGCUCCCAGCGCCCCGAUGAAAUGUGAAGCUUGGACCAUGGAAGAGCCAGGCCCGGCUUACGACCUGAGCUUCAGUGAGGUCAGAGGUCAGUCCCUCGUCCUCCUGUGGAAGGCUCCAGUCUACACCGGAGCCAGUGCCGUCACUGGAUAUUUGGUGGACAUGGCCAAGAAGGGCUCAUCAGAGUUUGUUACUCUGACUCAGGAAGCUGUGAACCGCCGUUACCUGCAGGUGACUGGUCUGAAAGAAGGUGAAACCUACGUGUUCAGAGUUCGUUCUGUCAAUGCGGCAGGUGUUGGAAAACCUUCCCAGUUGUCUGAGCCGAUCUGUGCCAAAGCUCUUCCAGGCACUCAGGAGAUUGUGGCUGGCGUGGACGAGGAGACUGGCGACGUCUUCCUGUCUUUUGAGGCCUGUGAGAUCUGUGAGAUGUCCAAGUUUGUGUGGUCGAAGAACUACAAAGCCAUCGGCGAGUGCCCCAGGGUGGCCACAACAGACAAGGGCAGAACUUCCAGACUGACUUUCUCCAGCCCUAAUAAAGACGAUCUGGGCUCAUACUCUGUGGUCGUCACGGACACCGACGGAGUCUCUGCCAGCCACACUCUGACUGAGGACGCCCUGAACACCAUGCUGGAGCUCAGCUAUGCCAUCAGACAUCCAAUUAUUCCUCUGAAACACGGUCUGAACUAUGAGGUUUUGGAGAAGGGUCACGUGCGCUUCUGGCUGCAGGCCGUCAAACUCUCCUCCUCUGUAUCCUACAGGUUCAUUGUUAACGACAAGGAGGUCACAUCUGGGGAGGGAAUCAAGAUCAGUCACGAUGUGGCCACAGGGGUCAUCCAGAUGACGGUGGAUCAUUUCACCAGAGCCAACGAGGGCACUUACACCGUCCAGAUCCACGAUGGCAAGGCCAAAGCCCAGAGCUCCCUGGUCUUGGUGGGAGACGUGUUCAAAGCUGCUCUGAAGGAGGCCGAGUUUCAGAGGAAGGAGCACAUCAGGAAGCAAGGUCCACAUUUCUCUGAGUAUCUGUACUUCACUGUCACUGAGGAUUGCACUGUUAUGCUCGCCUGCAAGGUGGCCAAUGUAAAGAAGGAGACGUCUUUCCAUUGGUACAAAGAGGAUGAUGAGAUUGUUCCAGAAACUCCUCCCAAUGUUAUGUCCGGAGCCUGCUCUCUUCCCAUCCCUCUGUUCUCCAGAAAAGAUCAUGGCAUCUACAAGGCCGUACUCAGUGACGACAGAGGAAAGGACACAUCUGUUUUUGACAUUUCAGGCCAAGUGUUUGACGACAUCAUCAAUGCCCUCGCAAAGAAUGCUGGUGCGUCUGCCUCUGAGCUGGUGCUGCAGUGCACACCAGAGGGCAUCAGGCUGCAGUGCUACAUGAACUACUACACAGAAGAGAUGAAGACCAUCUGGAAACACAAGGAGAGUAAGAUAGCCUCCUCUGAGAAGAUGAGGAUCGGAGGCACGGCGGAGAUGGCCUGGAUGCAGAUCUGUGAUCCAUCUGACAAGGAGAAGGGUAACUACUCCAUCGAGAUCUCAGACGGCGUGCAGACCCACACCAGAUCCUUCGACCUCUCCGGACAAGCAUACACCGAUGCCUAUGAGGAGUACCUGAGACUUAAGGCAGCUGCAUUUGCAGAGAAGAACCGCGGCAGAGUGGUCGGCGGCCUGCCUGACGUCGUCACUAUUAUGGAAGCAAAGUCUCUGAGCCUGACCUGCACCGUGUGGGGCGAGCCGACCCCUGAGGUCACCUGGUUCAAGAACGAGCAGGAGGUCGCCUCCACCGAGCACACCAAGGUCACGUUCGAGGGCGGCAAGUUCGCCAGCCUCGUCAUCACCAAAGUCACUCCGGAAGACUCCGGCAAGUACAGCAUCAACGUGCGGAACAAGUACGGCGGCGAGUUCGUCGAGAUCACCGUCAGCGUCUACAAGCAGGGCGAGCAGAUCCCAGAGCCCAAACUGGGACACCCCAAAACGCCUGCCGCUACACCUGCAUCCACGCCUGUGCCGCCAAAGUCCCCAGCUCCCCCCUCCAAGACCCCAACCCCUGUACCUCCUAAGGCCCAGACCCCGGCAUCCAUGAGGAGCCAAGCCUCUACUCCCGCUUCCACCCCGAUCCCCAAAUCUCCAACCCCGGUCCCCAAAUCUCCAACCCCGACCCCGAAGUCUCCAACCCCAUCUCGCAGCGCCAAGUCGCCCACCCCACCCAGAUUCAUGAAGUCUCCGACCCCACCGAGGAAGUAAACGAUGGUGGUGACGUUUGCUGUUAGCAACGCUGAUUCAUAGCAUGAGUGUGAAACAAUGAGGUGUUAAAGUUUAUGUAGAUGUUGUCACAGUUAAAAGUUAACUUCCUGACAACCACUUACAAAGGACGGGCUUCUAACCAGUUGAAGUGAAGGUUUUUUCGCAUUCUCUAUCAUUUCUGAGAGUUGCAGGAUAUAUACAGAUACAAAAGAGGGACUUUUACAGUGGUUACUAACAUAGUCAAUUUCCUUUUCAGUUUCCUUUAUCAUUCAACUGGUCGCUAUGCUUUUGACACAGGUGGAAAAAAGGCGCAAAAAAAAAAGAAAAAAAAUUUAAAAACCAGGGUAGAUAGUUAUGUUCAAUGUUUUAAAAGCUGCACCUUCCACUAUGCAACGUUAGUGGAAUGCCUGUAUACAUUUUUGUUGUGGAUGUUAAAGGAUAAUUCACGUUUAUUACAACUUGGGUCAUAAUUGCGCAAUUUCAUUUCUAUCAGUGACGUCAUUAAAGAGGACUGAUAAGUCGAGAAACACGAGCAGUCAAACAGGUUGUAACAAACCUCCAGGUUAGACAAACUUAUUUGGAAGAGAAAAUAAAAGAAAAAAAGGCUAACUGUAAAUUGAUCACCCAAUUUGUUUGUCGUAAACGUCCAGACUGACUUUCUGGUUUUGUGUACAAUGUGGAAUUAUUACCAGCAUUUCAGGUGUGAUAGCCUUUGAGAUUUACCUCCAAAAAAGUGGUUUGGAUUAGGGUUUGUUUACUAACCUGUCGAAUCGUGUUUCUUCCCACGUCUCUAGCGAUGUCACCGUGUUCCCGGAUUUUAGGGGUUUACCUCUACGAAAAUAAGACAAAAGUUGUUAUAAACCGGAAUUACCCUUUAAGCUGGAUGAACUGGGAAUGGGCAAGUGCAGAGCUGGGGUUAUUUUGUCAGUACCUGGGUGGGAAAUUAACACCAGAUACCAGAUUAUUUUUUUGUUUUUGCUGUGGGUAGGUGAUGUUCUCUCAUCUAUCAACAGCUACUUUGAUCCCAGGUAGCCUGUCAUCAUUUGGAGAUCCUAAUGACGCCAGUUAGUGAUCCUGUGAAUGAAAAAUAUUCACUUCCUGCCCUGGUCUCUAUGCCAGAGAGGUCUGUCUGUCUGUGACAUGUUGUAUUCCCCCCCCCCAAUGCUUUGUGAUGGCAAUAAACUUUACUUAUCAACCUC